GAUGCUGCACCCGCAGGCCCGUUAUCGUCUGCCCGGAGCAUUCAUCUGAAAUCUCAUGAGUGCAAAAGCUUGCAGGAUUUUAAAAUGGCUGGAGCUCCGUUUGAGGCGAUCGAUGAUAGCUGAUAGAUGGUCUGAAAUAUGCACGUCCACCGCGCAGCCUGAUCCCGUAAAUAUUAUUGUAAUAGCGUAGGUAUUGUUGGAAGACACCGCUGGCAAACAGUAAACAGGGUGGAGGUAGGGUGGAUUUAGGUUUUGCGUGUUCAGUAAAUUCAUGCGUGUAUUUGUGCCAGACAAUUUCACCAUACAGAUUGACCUUCAGGAUGUGCUUCACAUCUUCACUGAUCUCCAGCCUAUGUAUUUCUGACCUAGCAUAGCUAAAAAUGCCAGGUGUGCUAUAUCCCGUGUGUGAUCAUCUUUGCACGCUUUUGUUGGCGUAGAUCAGACUUUGUCCCACUGUCGCAGAUGAUGUUACAAGGCUCAAAUAUUUGGGGGCAUGAAAGACCCCUGGUGAUCAGGGUAUCAUUUGCCACCUGUGUUCUGGCUACUGUGUGCCUACCACUGCUCGGACUCAUAACUUGUGUCUUCAUAUCCUCUGUGUUUCAUUUUGAAGAUGCCACCGGUACACAUUGCCAGGUUCCUAAUUACCUGCCAUCUAUUAGUGCCUCUAUAAGCCUAAGUCCCGAGUGCCACAUAUGGAGGUUCUGCAUUGGAUUACACUCAGCACCAAGGUUACUGGUGGCUUUUACCUACUUCAAGUUCUACAAGGCUCGCUUUGCCACCAGGUUUCCAGAGAGUUCACUUAGCUGCUUGAACCUGGCCUUUUCCAUUUCUGAAAACCUAGGACUCUUGCUGCUCACAUACGUAUCAUCCACCGAGACAUACUUUGUGCACAAGGAAGGUUUUGUCCUGUUCAUUGUAAGCUCCCUUAUCUACAUGCUGAUAACCUGCCGUUUAUGGAAAGCUAUUAAGAAGUAUUCACUAAGCCCUGAGGAUGCCAAGUCUCACCACUGGAAAGUGCGUUUCCUACUUCUCAAUGUGUGCUUCUGUGUUUUUGCUGGAUUCUUUUACUGGAAACACAACAUGUACUGUGAAUCAGGGAGUUACACCUUUUUUGCCCUUUUUGAGUAUCUAGUUGUAUUCUCCAACAUGGCCUUCCAUCUCACAGCCGUGUGGGACUUUAAGAGCCGGGAGGUCAUGGUCAUUUCAUCCUCAGAGGAUAAAGACUUCUGACUAGAAAGUCAAGGACUAGGUGCUAAAUGUACAAGCCCUCAACCACCGGAUGACAACAGCCUUGAUCCUGCUGAAGAGGAAGAGUGGGAUGAAGGCCUUUUCCAUAUAUUUCCAUGAUGACAGCUCUCAAGUCCUUAGAGAGUGAACAUGUGUUACACAUACUUCAGAUAACUCUAAGUGCAUUUUUGCCUCAGUGUCUCAUUCAUGGAUGCCUACAUUAUGUUACAUAAUGUGCCAUUUUAAUUUAUUUACACUGCACUGCAAACGUGUGGUAAUACUAGAAGUGUGCCAAAGUAAAGUGAUAGCUCUUCAAGUAUGCUUGGCUUUUAUUUUGAAAUAUAAACUGGAGGGUGGGAAAUGGAUGCAUUCUGAACCUGAACACUAAGACUUGGAAUUCAG